GCUCCAUAAGAAAACAACAAACUUACAUUUUUGUAGUGUUAAUAUAAUUUUAUUUAUAUUAAUAUUGUAACUCCGUGUAAUAUCUAAGUUUUUAUUUGCUGACUAUAAACCAUUUACUAAACCCUGGCAAUUCCUAACUAACAAUAACGUGAAACCUUAGCCAGGGUCCCACAAGGAGCUUUCAGUGUUUUUAGUGUUGGGGCUCUUAUUUUGAAAUGUCACCGGAUAUGUAGCGUUUGAUUCCGUCAGUCUUCACACUCACAGCGGUCCGGAGCAGCCUGUCAGUCCUCCGGUCUACUUUGCUCGCAUCAUUCACGGCGGUUAGCUAUGUGACUGUGUGGCUGCUUCUUCUGCUUCCCGGACCCCCUCCGCGUCCCGGUCUCUCCAGUCCGGCGUCCGUUCAGGAUGGAUCCGUGCAGAGCUAAACUGGAGCCCACCAGCCUGGUGAAGCUGUACGGGGAAUUUACGGGAACCAGUAACCGAAAAGGCAGGUGUGCCGUCAUCCUGACCGAGAAGGACCUCGUCGUCCAGAGGCUCACGUCGGCACCUGUCGGACGGAACAAGGUGGUGCUCAGUCUGAAGGACUGUGUCGGCUGCCGGGCUUACCGGGGAAAUGACAGUGCGGAUACGGCAGCGUACUUAGUCGCCUACUUUUACCCGCUCAAACGGCGGUGGAUGAGUUCCAGGGUAUCGCGGCAAAGAGUGGAGCAGGGCUUUCGGCUCGCCUCGCUCCAGGACCCGCAAGCUAACCUGGAGGAGGCAGAGAAGUGGGCUCGCGCUGUCCGAGAGCGCUCUGCCCGGCAACAGUUCCCUAGAAACGGGGUGUUGAUGAGCCAAAUGUCCCGCCCGUGCCAGAUGAUGCUGCUGGUGAACCCACAGAGUGGGAAAGGACAAGCACUCACGCUGUACAACAACCACAUCCAAAGGAUGCUGAAUGAAGCCGGCAUCAAACACACUCUGGUUAUCACGGAGCGGCAGAAUCACGCUCGGGAGAUGCUGAAAGAGGCCGACCUGUCGCAGUGGGACGCUUUAGUCAUCAUGUCAGGAGACGGACUUCUGUAUGAGGUGAUAAAUGGUCUGCUAGAGAGGCCAGAUUGGGAGGAGGCCAUCCGGACACCGCUGGGUAUCCUUCCUGGUGGAUCAGGCAACGCCUUGGCUGCAUCCAUACAUCAUUACUCUGGAGCCUCUCCUGUGACCAGCGAGGAGCUCCUGGUCAGCUGUGGCUUCCUGCUCUGCAAAGGUCUGGUGUCCCACAUGGAUAUGGUCUCCGUCCAUCUCUCCUCCAGCCCCCGUCUCUUCUCCUUCCUGUCUCUGGCCUGGGGCUUUGUAGCAGACGUCGAUAUAGAGAGCGAGAAGUACCGUCACUUUGGCGCCGUCCGUUUCACCAUUGGCACGCUGGUGCGUCUGGCCUCUCUCCGCGUCUAUAAGGGCAGGCUGGCUUACCUGCCGGCCACCAAGGACCACAACACUGCUGCCAGAGACUCCUCCUUCCACAACUCCUGCCACUCCAACAACUCCCUCAAAGUGAGGCGGGUGGAGAGCACGCCUUCCCGAAGCGCCACCAAAGCCCUCCCCGGCCCACACGAUUCCCUGCUGCCACCUCUGGAUCAGCCGCUGCCCGACGACUGGGUGGUGGUGCCGGAGGAAGACUUUGUCCUCAUGCUGGCCAUGUACCAAUCCCACCUGGCAGAGGAUCUCCUGGCGGCACCGGAGGCCACCUUGGACGACGGCGUCAUUCAUCUUUUUUACGUCAGAGCGGGGAUAUCGCCCACUGCGCUGCUGAGGCUGUUCCUAGCUAUGGAGAAGGGUGCACAUCUGACUACUAACUGCCAACAUCUGGUGUACACUAAGGUGCGGGCGCUCAGGCUGGAGCCGUACUCACCCAAAGGAAUAAUUACAGUAGACGGAGAGGUGGUAGAGUACGGCCCAGUACAGGCCGAGGUGCACAGAGGCCUGUCGAGGCUAAUCACUGGAUGAGACUGAACAAUCUCGACUGCCCGCUUUCAUCUCUGCUCUGUGACGGCGUUUAACAAUAAACACGUUUCACCUGUCGCAUCAGGAACUGUGCGGCUGCAGGAGCAAAGCAGCGGAUUCAAGCCUCCUGAUGUUAUUACAUUAAAAUGCCAUGAGCGGAGUGUUCAGUAUUAGACAAAUAAUGAAACGAACUCCAAAUAAUGCCAUGAAUUACACUAAAAAUGACUUUUUUUCAAGCUUAGCUUGAUAUUUUAUUAAUAAACAUUCUUUUCACAAUAAGAGCUUUUAGUACAGAUAUUUUUACCUUUAAAUCAACGCAAACCGAGUCAGUUCAAAGUUGAUGUAAUUGGCUCAUUUCAAGCUCUAUAUUAGAGUAACAUCAGUGGCUCCACAGUGUAGUGGUUUACACGCCCCAGUUCUAAUUCCAGGAAGAGAUACAAAUCUCUAAACAUGCGUAAAGCCCUUUGUGAAAUUUGGGAACAGCCAAAACUGACCUUUUUAUUAUUCACAGUUAGCUUCUCUUCCCGUAAAACUGCUCGGCAAUAUCAGAAAGAUUCAAGAGUAGAGAAAAAAAUGUCUCAAACUGAGUGUUCAGCUCAGUUUUUCCUCACUUCCUGACGUCUGUGAAUAUGUUUCUUUAAUGGUUUUUGUUUUGUUUUACAACAUUUGAAAAAAGAAUUAAUAAAUAUUAAUUUAGUUGUUUAAAAUAACAAAAAUGCAGCACAAACAAUUCAAAAAGAUCUGAUGUAACAGGCUGUUAUUGUGAAAAGAUUUCAUUUAAAAGUAUUAAGCAUCAUUAGGUUUUUAAUUCUGAUUAUUUAAUGUGACUGUUAAUUUAAUACUGAACACUCCGAAGCCAUGACUGUGUGAACUGAUGGUAGUCCUGCCUCACUUGAGCUAAAACACAAACACAUAAAAACCCACGUUUCCUCAUCCAUUCAUCAAACGUUCAGCCUCCGGAGAACGAAAAUCCAUCACCAUCUUUUUCCCGGCGUCUCGUUUCAUCGCGGCUGCACGAAGAGCGACGUUUGUCUGCGUCGCAGCAAACACAUCAGCUAGAAUUACAGCAUCUUAUGCAACGACGGGGGAUUAGUUUUCUCUGGCCUUUACGCUCCUCUGCAGUGCAGCGUGUUUGUGUCUGUUUGUGUGAGAGAGGCUGAAACUCGUAAAUGAAAGCCUUUAUGGACGUGACCUUCAGGAGGGAAGGCGCUCGUCUGUGUCAUGGGCGACGCCAAGGCAGGAAAACGUCUGUUUCUUCAUGUUAUCUUAAAGUGAACCCAAGCUAAGCACAUUGUAUAAAUAAUCAUUAGAUAUAAGUAUUUUUAUUUAAUUUAUUUAUAUUUAUUUUAUCAUGUAUCAGAGCUUCGUGGGGCGCUCCUGCACCAGCGUUCCUGGUUUCUGAUCAGAAGCCAUCACGUUGCUUCGCUCUCCGAAGAGUUUCUCGUUGUUGCCUUAAACUUGUCAACUUGAUCCUGUUUCUUGAAAGCAGUAAAGGGUAAUUUCACACAUUCACUAGCGCCUCCCCAAUUCAAGAUUUUUAAACCAGCCACGUUAACUUGUCCAAGCAGAAUUGCGUCCAACAUAUCUUCAUCCAGCCUAGAGGCUGUGUGUGGGCCUCAGCAAGUGAAUUGCACCAAAAUUUAAGUAGAAGUCCUACUGGAACCUUGGGAAAGGGAUAAAUUGACUUUCAGCUGUGGAAGUUGCUGCCUGGCAUCAGUGGAUCCAGAUUCGUCUGUGGUCUUAACCCUCUGAGUCGUCAUAGGCGACGGUGGAAAGGUGAAAAGGACUUUUUUGGGGGAAGAAAUGAAAAUACUUUUAUAUUUAGAAUGAAUAUUUUAGUUGUUCCCUGAUUGCCAAGUUUAAUAGAAUAAAAAUACAAAUAUGUAUUCCAUCAUUUAAGUGAAUCACGGGUUAGAGUUGGGUCACUGAUGACGAUGGGCAAGAGUGAAUGUAAAGAAACAAUCCACCUUAAAACAGUAAACAAGCGGUCACACCCACAGAAAUCUCACACAGCUUUGGCACCGUUUUCACGUUCAUAUUUCCCUCGUGACUCAGACUUUCUUUUGGCACGAGAUUUUCAUAAAGCGGCAGGAAAACGUAAGAGGAGGAAAAUUCGCUAGAGGUUUUGUUGACAUAAACGGGUUUUGAAAUCUGUGAGGCGUUCAGAUUGCUGCGCCUCCAUCUUCACGACAGUUUUUAGUUUUUGUGUCUUGAAACAGCUCCAGUGAAAAAUGUUCACAGGCACAUUUUGUGUGGAUGUGAAUUCUGAUUAAGCCAGAUUUGGUUUUUCACUCACAACAAACAAAACUCCCUCAGCUGUGUCAUUGUGCUGCAGGCCGGACCUUAAAGCCGCAGAGUUCUUCGCCCGUUUAGAAAAACCACAACACCUCCAGCGAGUGUUUAAGUGCUCGCGGGUGGAGUUUCUCCCUCAAACAGCUGCGGCUCUGCUCCUCCUCACUUAAGUGAUGCUUUUGUGUUUGUAGUUUUUUUCCUUGCCUCGCUCUCUGCCAUCAUCCUCACCAUAGCACCCUUCUUCUUCUGCUUUCAUCCAUCUAUUCGUUGCUUUUGGUACCACUGCAGAGCGGUCAGAGCACACACACAGUGGCAGAUUUAUCAUCACCGAGGUGUCCUUAGCACUGAGCUUUAAAUCACAGAGAAAACGGCUGCAGAUUUCAAAAUGUUUGUGAACACUGAGGAGCCUUAAACAGGGGUUUUGGGUGGAGGGUAAAGCUGGUUACACAGAGUGUAAGGGAGUGGACAUGGAGGAGGAGAAGGGGGAGAUAUUGACUUGUUAAAUGCUGCAUGAGGUGGGCGGUGUUGUGUUCCUUCCCCCUCACCCUGGGAAAUCAUUGGGGAACAUUAGUAGACUGUCCAGAUGCAGUGAGUCAGAGGAGGACGUGUUUCACUUUAGCUGAGCAGUAAAAUGAGGGAGGGGAGAGGCGAUGGUGAUCUUUAAGUCCACAUAAGAAGAAAAGUUCUGGAGCUUCGAUGUGCCUACAGAGUCGCAGUAAACACGCUGAUGUUUCCAUGUUUUAUUCAACACGCCAAUGACUGUUUGAAGCUGCAAAGGCUCAAUCGUUAGAGACCAAAAUUUGUUCCCUCUUCUGUGUUUUUGCACAGCGUACGCUUGUUGCCAACGCCACGUUAAAGCCUUCGUGGGACGUCGAGGUUGUGCUUCCAUAGUUUAAGUGAAUCACGGGCCCUAAUUUAAGUUAAUGGAAACCUGCUCGGUCCAUCUGGGGGAUGAAGCAGGAUCAACCUGCUAUGAUGAUGUUCAAUUAUCUGGAAAUUAAAAUUUAGCAGAAAAAUAAACCUGCUCUUGAGCAGCAGCAGGUUUUCUGCUCUGUCUGUCUGAAAAAGCAAACAUUAUGUAACAUUAAAAAAAAAUUUCUAAUGCAGAGUCCAUUAAACCACUUACAUCUUUUAUUUUUUAAUUUUUUUUUCCAGUGCAGUCAAAUGUUUUAUGUCCUGUGUUAGUUUCAUGUGCCUUGAUUGUGCUGCCCCCCGGUGGUUUGAGUGUGGCAGUGCAGUUAUCUUGCUGCUCUUGGCUCAACUGAAGAAAUGCUCAUUUGUUUUUUUGGACACAUUUAGAGACACUGAUAAAAGUAUUUUAUUAUGAAAAUAGAAAAUAUGCGAGGAAUGGAAUAGCUCUGACACAUGCUGACAUCAAGUCUGCUGAAUAAUCUUAUUGACCGAGCUCUGAUCUGUGGGGGGGGAGACCAUGGGGAGUCAGACCAGUUUUCCUCUGCAGGUCGAUGUGACUGAAAAUCCAAGUGAUAGGGCGAUGAAGGGCCUGAUGAUCUGCUGUUUGUCUUUAUCUGCUGCUUCUGAACCGCUGUCAUCUUCUGUGUUUCAAAGUUUACGGUGAAGGGAAGAUGAGUUGUUUUUAUUUUAUUUUAUUUUUCAGUCAUGCUGAUUAUUGAAUGAUUGAUUCUUUAUUCUAAGAGAGAUCUAUUUUUCCAUUUAGACGAAUGUAAGUUUUCUAAACUAAUCAAAUCACUCUACUGACGUGCUUUUGACUGAAACAAAUAAAUUGAAUUAUGACAAAAAAGACAAACUGUUGUUUGGUUUGUGAAAUGCUGGCUGCGUCCUCCUCUUUCCUGCCAUCAGGAUGAACUUCUCCAAAAAUCAGAUUUUAA